AUGCUAAGAUUUCAGCGAUUAGCAUCUAGUUAUGCUCAAGCGCAAGUACUUAGAAAAUAUCCAGUUGGUGGUAUCUUACAUGGUUAUGAGGUCAGAAGAGUGCUUCCUGUUCCAGAAUUGAUGCUUACUGCUGUAGAUUUAGUUCAUAAACAAACUGGUUCCGAACAUUUACACAUAGAUAGUGCUGACAAGAAUAAUACUUUUAGUAUAUCAUUCAAGACAAAUCCUCCUGAUUGUACUGGUGUCCCACAUAUUUUGGAACAUACUACUCUAUGUGGUUCUCAGAAGUAUCCUGUAAGGGAUCCAUUUUUUAAAAUGUUGAAUAGGUCUUUGUCAAAUUUUAUGAACGCUAUGACAGCUCAUGAUUAUACAUUUUUUCCAUUCUCUACCACUAAUGAAACUGAUUUUAAGAAUUUAAGAGACGUUUAUAUUGAUGCUACUUUGAAUCCACUAUUGAAAAUAGAAGAUUUUUUCCAAGAAGGUUGGAGACUAGAACACUCCGAUGUAACCGAUCCAAAAAGUCCAAUUGAAUUCAAAGGUGUUGUCUACAAUGAGAUGAAAGGUCAAAUAUCUAAUGCCAAUUAUUAUUUUUGGAAUAAAUUUCAAGAAAGUAUUUAUCCAUCGUUGAAUAACUCAGGUGGUGAUCCAAGUAAAAUAACAAAUUUGACUUAUGAAAAUUUAGUUGAUUUCCAUUCCAAAAAUUAUCAUCCUUCCAAUUCAAGAACAUAUACCUAUGGUAAUUUGCCAUUAGAAGAUACCUUACAAUUUUUGAAUAAAAAAUUUGCUGGAUAUGGUAAAAGAAAUAGGAACAAGUCAGUUCUUAAACCUAUUUCAUUGGAUAGUAUCACUACUAUCGAAACAACAGGUCAAAUCGACCCUAUGUUACCUCUAGAUAAGCAGACAAAAUCAUCAAUGACUUGGUUGUGUGGAUCUCCAGAUAACUUUUAUGAAACAUUUUUAUUGGGGAUAAUUGGUAACUUAUUAUUAGAUGGUCAUUCUUCAACUUUAUACAAAAAGUUAAUUGAAACAGGCCUUGGUACUGAUUUUUCUGUAAAUACUGGUAUGGAGACUACUACCGAGUCGAACUUCUUCACUGUCGGCUUAAAUGGUAUUAGUGAUGCUGCUGUAUUAAAAGAUGAAGUAUUAAAGACUUUGAAGUUAAUCUUGGAUGAGCCAAUUAACAAUAACAGAGUUGAAGCUAUCAUUCAACAAUUAGAAUUAUCUAAGAAAGACCAAAAAUCUGAAUUCGGAUUAUUAUUAUUAUAUUCAAUCAUUCCAGGAUGGUCAAACGCUCGUGAUCCAUUCAACAACCUGUUAUUUGAAGAAACUAUUGCUAGAUUUAGAGAAGAUUGGGAUAAAAAGGGUAAUGAAUUGUUCAAAGAUAUUAUUCGUAAAUAUAUUAUUGAUAAACCAUAUUUCCAAUUCACUAUGAAAGGUUCAGAAAAUUUCUCAGCUGAAUUAGAAAAAGAAGAAGCUGAAAGAUUAAAGGCCAAAGUUACAAGACUAGAUGAGGAUGAUAAGAAAAUAAUCUUCAAAAGAGGUGCUCAUUUACAGGCGCUUCAAAACGAAAAGGAAGACAUUUCAUGCCUACCAAGCUUAAAGGUUGAAGAAAUUCCAAGAACUUCUGAUGUUUACCCAGUUGUAUCGGACAGCAAUAUUAAACAUAGAAUUACCGAAACUAAUGGUAUAACCUAUUUAAGAGGUAAAAUCAAUCUUGACAAAAAGAUUCCUGAACAUUUAUUUCCUCUUCUACCAUUGUUUUCAGACUGUUUGACUCAUUUAGGAACUAAGACGGAAGAGUAUAGUAAAAUCGAAGAAGCUAUGAAAUUGUAUACUGGUGGUAUCUCUACGCAUGUAGAUGUCGGUUCAGAUCCUAUAACCUCCCAUCCAAAUCUGUUAUUUAGAUUUGAUGGUUGGGCUUUGAACUCUAAGACAGAUAAGGUAACUGAAAUAUGGGAGAAGCUAUUAGUGAAUACCGAUUUUAAACAAAAUAGUGAAAAGAUCAAGGUUUUGAUUAAAUCAAUGGUAUCAUCCAACACAUCAUCUAUUGCAGAAUCUGGGCAUUCUUUUGCCAGGAGUUAUUCUUCAGCUCAUUUAAGCACUACAAGGGCAAUUAACGAAGUUUUCCAUGGUAUUUCCCAAGUCCAACUUUUAAAUAAAUUAGCAAUGACAUUAGAAAACGAGGAAUUAUUCCAAACAGAAAUUGUUGAUAAAUUGGUUGAAUUGCAAAAAUAUAUGAUGGAUUCUAAUGAAGUUCAAUUUUUUGUCACCACUGAUUCUAUUCAACAAGUUGCUAAAGUGAAACAAGAGCUGGACACAUUUGUUGGAAGUCUAUCUCCAAUCGAGAAGAACGGUGGUGUUAACAUUGAAUCUUAUCCAAAACUUGCUCAAAAACCAGGAGUAAUGUCUACAUUAAUUAAUUUCCCAUUCCAAGUUCACUAUUCAGGAAGUUCUCUGCCAGGUGUUCCAUACACUCAUAAUGAUGGAGCACCAUUACAAGUUCUAUCCAGUAUGUUAACUUACAAAUAUUUACAUAAGGAAAUUAGAGAAAAAGGAGGUGCUUAUGGUGGAGGUGCAACAUAUAGCGCCUUAGAUGGGAUCUUUUCAUUUUACUCAUACAGAGAUCCAGAUCCAAUCAGAUCGUUAGAGACAUUUCACAAUUGCGGACAAUAUGUCCUAGAAAACCUCAAGUGGGAUACCGCCGACUUAAACGAAGCCAAACUAACCUUAUUCCAACAAGUAGAUGCACCAAUUAGCCGUAAGUCAGAAGGUACUAUAUACUUCCAUUCUGGAGUCACUGAUGAGAUGAGACAAAAGAGAAGAGAACAAUUAUUGGAUACUUCAUUGAUAGAUAUUCACAGAGUCGCUGAAAAAUAUCUAUUAAACAAGAAACCAAUCAAUGCAGUAGUGGGACCUGAAAUUGAAGGUAAAACAGUCCCACCAACUUGGGAUGUAAUAAACUUCUAA